AUGCAUGCAGCUUUGAUGUCUACUGUUUCAGAUUUUCCGGCUUAUGCAAUGUUGUCUGGUUGGAGCACUAAAGGGAGAAAAUCAUGUCCUUGCUGCCAUUAUGACACACAAUCACGAUGGUUGGACUAUAGCCGUAAAUUUUGCUACCGGGAAACUCGUAUAUUUCUAGAUCCAGCCCACCCUUGGCGCCAUGAUAAGAGAAAUUUCAACGGUGAAAUCGAGGAGAGAACUGCACCUCUUCAAUUGAAAGGAACUGAAAUUGAGGAGCUACUUCGAGACUUUCCUAAUGAAUUUGGAAAGAAGCAAAAAAAAAAGCCAGAUGAAGAAGUUCCGUGGAGGAAGUUGCCAAUACUUUUUAUCUUGCCUUAUUGGAAGCAUUGCACUAACCGCCAUAAUCUUGAUGUUAUGCAUAUAGAAAAGAAUAUAUUUGAUAACAUCAUCGGAACAUUGUUAGACAUUCCUUUGAAGACCAAGGAUCAUGUGAGUGCUCGUCGAGAUUUGGAAGUUCUUAAAAUUAUGCCGGAGCUUCAACCUAUUGGAGAAGGCGAUGAUGAAGAAAUUCCGAGAUCGCGAUUCUGGUUGACAUUAGAAAAGAAGCGUUUGUUUUGCCGGAUCAUUAAGAAUGCAAAGAUACCACAGGGUUAUGCUUCUAAUAUUUCUCGUUGCGUACAAGUUAAUGAAGGGAAGAUCACGGGCUAUAAGAGCCACGAUGCUCAUUUUUGUAUUUAUUACUUGCUUCCAAUUGCUUUGAAAAUAACAUUACCUAAAGAUGUUGCAACUCCUUUAAUAAGAUUAUGUCAUUUUUUUAAAGGCAUAUGGAAUAAAGCUAUUAACCCUCGAGUUCUUGAUAAUCUCCAUAAUGAGAUAGUUGAAUCUCUUGGUCAACUGGAAACAAUUUUCCCUCCUUCAUUUUUUACUGUGAUGGUCCAUUUACCUGUUCAUUUGGUGGAAGAAAUUAGGUUGGGUGGUCCAGUUUGUAGCAGGUGCAUGUACUCAAUUGAGAGGUAUCUCCAUGAGUUAAAGGAUGAUGUUCGAAACAAAGCUUACCCCGAGGGUUCAAUGGCAGAAGCAUAUUGGGCCAAAGAAUGUCUUAGAUUUUGUGAUAGAUACAUAAAUCAAUCAAACACUCCUUCAAAUAUUGUGAAGCCUAGUAUCUCACAACCAUUCUUUCCUAAUAUUGGUCGACCUACUUGGGGAAAGGGAAGGACCACAAAGAAGAACCAAGAUGGGUUUAUGAUUGAUCAUGCUACUUGGGUUCAAGCGCAUCAAUAUGUCUUAUUCAAUUCAAGUUGUGAGGAAAUUGAGGAAUACAUCAGGCUACAGGCUACUAGUACUAAGAUAUUUUUUUCCCACAGUGAUCACAUGGCAUCUAUAAGUUCUCACCGGAAAAGAAAAUGGGAUAGUGCUCAAAAUCAUAGCAAGAAAUUCAUGGAUUGGUUUAAGGAGAAAGUUACUUAUAGGCUUGAACAGGGUGAUGUAGUAUCUGACCAUGUUAAAUGGUUAUCAAAAGGGCCUUCGUUUGUCGCAAAAAGGUACACCGGGUACUCUGUUAAUGGCUAUCACUUCCACACCAUGAAGCGCGAUGCAAAUUCUGUAUCUCAAAACCAUGGAGUUACUUUAACAGCUCUAACACCGAGUUUUUCUAGUAGCAAAUAUGAGAAUCCUAUUCUGUGA